AUGGCGGACCUGGGCGGCGAUCGCGUCUUCUGUCACGCCUGUGGCGGAGUUUGGUUGAAAGAAAAUAAUGACGACCUCAGCUGUCCGCAUUGCUCGUCGGACUUCACGGAGAUCGUCGAGAUCCCUCCCGACAGCCAAUCCUCCGAGCCCCGAAUCACCUCCCCCCAGGUGUGGGCAGAUCACAAUCCAUGGAGCCAACAAGAGGCCCAGGAACGAGCUCAAACCUCUCAGGACUCUUUUCAACGCCAUUCACAAGGUGAUGACCGCGCACAUCCAUUCGGAUCCGAUUCCACGCAACCUGGUGCUCCCCGCACUCCAGGAUCUUCCAGCUCUCCAAGUUCCCCGUACUACUCCCACCGUACAUAUCGGUCCCCGAAUGGCCGGUUCACAUUCAGCAGCACCCAUGUCAGUGGGGGGCUCUCAGGUCGAGACGGAGGCGGCCAGGCGAACCCCAUGGUUCCCAUGAUGCUCCAAGGCAUAGAUGCAAUGUUCCGCCAUCUAGCUGAUCCCAAUGAGCAACCUGGUCAACGAGGCGCUGCUGAAAUGGAUCCCUUCAAUUCGCAUUCGCCAGCAUGGCCGGAACAUGACCACUUGGAUAUGUAUGACGAUAUGCACAACACUAGCCCUCAUCAACGGGCGUUUGGUGGACCGUUCGCUCGAAACUCCCCGCCACAAAGCCUUGCUGACUUGAUGGAAAUGUUCCGCUAUUCCGGAGCAAGCCAAUACCCACCACCGCGCCGGGGCCGGCACGGUGCACGCGGUGUUGCAGGCCCGAACCCCUUCGCGAUGCUUUCCGCUUUGUUGGCCAUGGAACCUCAUGGGGAUGCUGUCUAUUCUCAAGAACAGCUUGACCGGGUCAUUUCUCAACUCGUUGACCAUAAUGGAAACAGCACGGCGCCACCCCCAGCAUCUGCGAGUGAUAUUCAGAACCUUCCCAAGAAAAAGGUCGAUAACGAAAUGCUCGGUCCUGAUGGGACUGUGGAAUGCUCUAUAUGCAUGGACGCAGUCGAGCUGGGCACUGAAGUGACCGUGUUGCCCUGUACACACUGGUUCCAUUACAGCUGCAUCGAAGCGUGGUUGAGCCAACACAAUACAUGCCCGCACUGUCGCCGAAGCAUUGACUCUGUGCCAGCUUCAGGCGACGGAACCAACGAUGGCCCGACCAUGACUACUGAUCGUCCCGGAGUACAACAAGGAGCCGGAAGGCGUCGCAGCUCCCAGCUUACGUCACAAAGUCGUCGUUCUUCAGGCUCGCAGACCAGCCCAGUCCCUACCACAGCGGAUCAGCACAACCCUGAUACCAGACGCUCCAGUCGAUCCAGUCGAUCCAGUCGAAGUAGCCGGGACGGCGGCCGAGGAGGUAUCACGGGCUGGGUGUGGAGUCGCUUCGGGGGCAGCACCACCUAG